AAAAUAAUCCAAGAAAAUUGCAUAUCAAUAUAUUUGAUGAUGGUUCCCAAAAUAGUUCAAUUUCUCAUUAUCUUAUAUCUCUUUACGGUUACUUUCGCUUCCAUGGAGGAAGCAAUUGCCCUCCUAAAAUGGAAAGCAACUUUCAAGAACCAUACUAAUUCCUUAUUGACUUCAUGGACACAAAGCUCGAAUGCAUGUGGGAAUUGGUAUGGAGUUAUGUGCUUAAAUGGUAGGGUAAGCAAGUUGGAUAUUCAAGGUGCUUGUGUCAUCGGUAAACUCUAUGAUUUUCCAUUUUCGACUCUUCCUUUUCUUGAAUAUGUUGAUCUUAGUAUGAAUAAUCUCUCUGGAACUAUCCCACCUGAAAUUGGUAAUCUCACUAAUCUUGUCUAUAUUGACUUGCACACCAAUCAGAUUUCAGGCACAAUCCCAUCACAAAUCGGCUCACUAUCCAAGCUCCAGAACAUUUACAUCUAUGACAACCUUUUAAAUGGUUCCAUUCCUGCCUCAUUGAGCAAUUUGACCAACUUGUCUAUUUUGUCUCUUUAUCAGAAUAAUCUUUCUGGCUCGAUUCCUACAGAAAUAGGUUAUUUAAGGUUUCUUACUUCUCUAGAUUUGGGUACUAAUUCUCUUAAUGGUUCUAUUCCUACUUCAUUGGGAAAUUUGACCAACUUAUCUAGUUUGUUUCUUAAUGGGAAUCACCUUUCUGGCUUUAUUCCCGCUUUAUUGGGAAAUUUGACCAGCCUUUCUAUUCUGUAUCUUCAGGAGAAUGACCUUUCUGGCUCCAUUCCUGAAGAAAUAGGUUAUUUAAGGUCUCUUAGUCAACUAGUUUUGGCUAAGAAUUCUCUAAGUAGUGCUAUUCCUGCCUCAUUGGGAAAUUUGACUAGCUUAUCUGGUUUGUAUCUUAAUGAGAAUCACCUUAUUGGCUCUAUUCCCCCUUCAUUGGGAAAUUUGACCAGUCUGUCUAUUCUUUAUCUUAAUCAGAAUAACCUUUCUGGAUCCAUUCCUGAAGAAAUAGGUUACUUAAGGUCUCUUAGUCAAUUAGUUUUGGCUAAAAAUUCUCUAAGUGGUGCUAUUCCUGCUUCAUUGGGGAAUUUGACCAGCUUGACCUCUAUGUAUCUUCGUGAGAAUCAUCUUUCUAGCUCCAUUCCUAAAGAAAUAGGUUACCUAAAGACUCUUAGUUAUUUAGAUUUUUCUACUAAUUUUCUUAAUGGUUCUAUUCCUGCUUCUUUGGGGAAUUUGAACAACUUGUAUCUUUUGUCUCUUUAUGCUAACAACCUUUCUGGUUCGAUUCCAAGUGAGUUGGGGAAUAUAGGAAGACUAGUUACUAUGUAUUUAAAUAUUAAUCAACUCAUUGGUUCAAUUCCGGAUUCCUUUGGCAACUUGAGAAACUUGCAAUGGAUGUAUCUCCACAACAACAAUCUCACUGAGAAAAUUCCUUCAUCUUUCUGCAAUUUGAUGAAAUUGGAAGUGGUGUAUUUGGGGAGAAACAACUUUAGGGGAGAAAUUCCGCAAUGUCUAGUUAAUAUCAGUGGACUCGAGGUAUUGAAAAUAGAAGAUAAUAAUCUCAGUGAAGAUAUCCCUUCGUCUAUUUGCAAUCUAACAUCACUAAGGAUUUUAGAUUUGGGUAGAAACAAUUUGAAGGGAGCAAUUCCACAAUGUCUUGGCAACAUGGGUGGUCAUCUUGAGGUUUUGGAUAUCCACCAAAACAAUCUUUAUGGGACUCUUCCAGAAACUUUUAGCAAUGGAAGUGUACUCAGAAGCUUAGACUUGCAUGACAAUGAAUUAGAAGGAAAAAUCCCCCGAUCUUUAGUCAAUUGUAAAAACUUGGAAAUUCUUGAUUUAGGAGACAAUCACUUCAACGACACAUUUCCAAUAUGGUUUGAAACUUUGCCAAAUCUGAAAGUUUUAAGCUUGAGAUCGAACAAAUUGCAUGGACCAAUUAGAACUUUAAGUAAUGGAAACAUGUUUUCUGAGCUUCGAAUCAUAGAUCUUUCUUAUAAUGCUUUCACAGGAAAUUUGUCGACUAGUCUAUUUCAAAAAUUGAAAGCCAUGAGGACAAUUGAUCAAACAGCAAAGGUACCAACAUAUCUUGGUAAAUCUGGAGAGAGAGAUUACAAUGAUUCUGUAACAGUUUCAACGAAGGGAAUGGAGUAUGAACUGGAUAGAAUUUUGACACUUUUCAAGACUAUCGAUCUUUCAAGUAACAAAUUUGAAGGACAUAUUCCAAGUAGUUUGGGAGAUCUCAUUGCACUUAAGGUGCUAAAUUUGUCUCAUAACAGAUUGCAAGGUAAUAUACCAUCAUCACUUGAAAGUUUAUAUUUAGUCGAAUCAUUGGAUCUUUCAUUCAACCAGCUUUCAGGAGAGAUACCACAACAACUUGCUGCUCUUACAUUUCUUUCAUUCUUAAAUCUCUCUCACAAUCAUCUCCAAGGAUGCAUUCCUCAAGGACAUCAAUUUGAUACAUUUCAAAAUAAUUCAUAUGAAGGUAAUGAUGGAUUACGAGGGUUCCCAGUUUCAAAAGGUUGUGGAAGUAAUUGGAUACCAGAGACAAAUAAUAGAGAUUAUGAGCCAGAUGAUGAAGAAAGCAAUUCUGAAUUUCUAAAUGAUUUUUGGAAAGCUGCUCUUAUGGGAUAUGGAAGUGGGCUAUGUAUUGGAGUAUCCAUUAUAUAUAUCAUGAUCUCAACUGGAAAUCUAAAAUGGCUUGCAAAUAUUUUUGAAAAGUUAGAAGAAAAAAUUAUUAUGAGACAGAUAAGGAAGAAGCGAAGUCAAAGGUGCUUGGAGGAACAUUUGGUGGAAUGCUCAUGAGAAAUGUAAUGUUAUGAACUUUGAUGAUAUAUCAAGUUUAUGUAAGAUAUUAAUAUAUUCAAUAAAUGUUGUGUGUAUUGGAUGAACUGUAUGCAUUUCUUGAUUCAAGUAUGAGAGUUUGUAUCAGUUAUAGAUGUGUAUUAUUAAUACCAUGAAUUUUUAUGUACUAUUAAUA